AUGUCUUACAAUUUUACAGGUACGCCAACGGGCGAAGGAACAGGUGGUAAUUCAUUGACCACAGAUUUAAACACCCAAUUCGAUUUGGCUAAUAUGGGAUGGAUCGGUGUGGCUUCGGCAGGUGUCUGGAUUAUGGUGCCAGGUAUCGGUCUAUUAUACUCCGGUUUGUCGAGGAAAAAGCACGCUCUAUCUUUGCUUUGGGCCUCGAUGAUGGCCUCCGCAGUGUGUAUCUUCCAGUGGUUUUUUUGGGGGUAUUCAUUGGCCUUCUCACACAACACUAGAGGUCAUGGUUUCAUUGGUACUUUGGAAUUCUUCGGUUUCCGUAACGUUUUGGGGGCCCCCUCCAGUGUCAGCUCAUUGCCUGACAUCUUAUUUGCUGUUUACCAAGGUAUGUUUGCCGCCGUUACUGGCGCCCUAAUGUUGGGUGGUGCUUGCGAAAGAGCAAGACUAUUCCCCAUGAUGGUGUUCUUAUUCUUAUGGAUGACUGUCGUGUACUGUCCAAUUGCUUGCUGGGUUUGGAACGCAGAAGGCUGGCUGGUCAAGUUGGGCAGUUUGGACUAUGCUGGUGGGUUAUGUGUUCAUUUGACUUCUGGCCAUGGUGGGUUGGUCUACGCCUUGAUUUUGGGUAGACGUAACGACCCUGUAACACGCAAGGGGAUGCCCAAGUACAAGCCACAUUCCGUGACCUCCGUGGUUCUGGGAACCGUGUUUUUAUGGUUCGGUUGGAUGUUCUUCAACGGUGGCUCCGCAGGGAAUGCCUCCAUACGAGCAUGGUACUCUAUAAUGUCCACCAACUUGGCCGCCGCUUGCGGUGGGUUGACCUGGAUGGUGAUCGAUUAUUUCAGAUCUGGUAGAAAGUGGACCACCGUCGGUCUAUGUUCAGGUAUCAUUGCCGGUCUAGUCGGUAUCACUCCAGCCGCUGGGUUUGUACCAAUCUGGUCUGCCGUUGUUAUUGGUGUGGUCACUGGUGCAGGUUGUAAUCUCGCUGUUGACUUAAAGGGACUACUAGGUAUUGACGAUGGUUUGGACUGUUACUCUAUCCAUGGUGUGGGUGCUUGUAUUGGCUGUGUGCUAACUGGUAUCUUUGCUGCUGAUUACGUCAAUGCCACUGCGGGUUCCUACAUCUCUCCCAUCGCCGGUGGCUGGAUCAACCAACACUACAAACAAGUCGGUUAUCAAUUGGCUGGUAUGUGCGCUGCGCUAGCAUGGACCGUUACUGUCACAUCUAUCUUGCUAGUGACUAUGAACGCCAUCCCAUUUUUGAAACUAAGAUUAAGCGCCGACGAAGAAGAAUUAGGUACUGAUGCUGCUCAAAUCGGUGAAUUCACCUACGAGGAAUCCACCGCUUACAUUCCAGAACCAAUCAGAUCAAGAACUUCUGCCCAAAUGCCACCUCCUCAUGAAACCAUCGAUGACAAAAUCGUUGCUAAUACAGACGCAGAAAAGAAUUCCACGCCUUCUGAUGUUUCUUCUACCAAGAACACCGACCAUAUAGUAUAA